AGUGGCUCCUCUGAAGGCAGCUCCUGGAGUCAGGACGUUCUGAGAGCUGCACCUGGCCACAUGGUUGGUGCUGUAGAGCAGCGUCAGAAUUCCGUGUUCUCCCCCAGCCCUGUUCUCUCCAGCUGCACUCCAAGGUUGUGUCCUUUAUCCUUUGGCGAAGGAGUUGAGUUUGACCCUUUACCACCAAAGGAAAUAAGGUACACGUCCUCGGUUCGCUACGACUCGGAGAGGCACUUCAUCGACGACGUGUACCUGCCCGUGGGCCUGAGCGUCACCUCCUGCAGCCAGACGGUCGUCUGCGUCCCGGACUGCACGUGGCGCAGCUACAAGGCAGAGGUGCACCUGCAGCCCCGCCACAAGCCCCGGCGCUUCACCAGCACCACCAUCAUCUACCCGAAGCACGCCAAGACUCUGUACACCACCACGCUGGACUACAACUGCCGCAAGGCCGCGCGGCGGUUCCUCUCCAGCAUCGAGCUGGAGACCUCGGAGUACCUGGGCAGCGACGGCCUCCUGGAUGGCUGCUGA